UUGACCAGAAGGGGGCGGACGAGGCAUCAACCGGAAACAGGAAAUGCAGUCAACGUCAACGUGCGAAAUUCAAACUUCUGUAACAAAACAUCUCUGUCAGAGGUCUUCCCCAUAUGGUUAACUGAUUUUAUCUUCUCACUCUCCCGUUUUCAGACAAACUCAGGGAGGUCUUAUCGUGGUGCGGCUGAAACAGGGAGGAUGCCUGUGGAAAGGACGGAGCACCGCGGAGCCGACGAGCUCUACAGAUACUAUGAGGUCUAUGAGACUAUCGGCUCAGGAGGCUUUGCUAAAGUCAAGCUGGGUCGACACAUCCAGACAGGAGAGAAGGUCGCCAUUAAAAUCAUGAAUAAGAAAGAUCUAGGGGAUGACUUGCCUCGUGUGAAAGUGGAGAUUGAGGCCAUGAAGAACCUCAGUCAUCAGCACAUCUGUCGUCUUUACCAGGUCAUAGAGACCUCCACCCAGAUCUUUAUGGUGCUUGAGUACUGUGUAGGUGGCGAACUGUUUGAUUACAUCAUAGCAAAGGACCGUCUGUCAGAGGAGGAGACCAGAGUGUUUUUCAGACAGAUUGUAUCUGCGAUGGCCUACGUCCACAGCCAGGGAUAUGCACACAGAGAUCUAAAACCGGAAAACCUGUUGAUUGAUGAAGACCACAACUUGAAGCUCAUAGACUUUGGCCUUUGUGCCAAACCUAAGGGUGGUCUGGGUUAUGAGCUGAUGACGUGCUGCGGGAGCCCUGCGUACGCUGCUCCUGAACUCAUCCAGGGAAAAGCAUAUAUUGGUUCGGAGGCUGAUGUGUGGAGUAUGGGGGUGCUGCUGUUCGCUCUGCUCUGUGGAUACCUGCCUUUCGAUGACGACAACUGCAUGGUCCUCUACAGGAAGAUUACAAGAGGUAAAUACGACAACCCCCGGUGGCUCUCUCCAGGUAGUGUCCUCCUCCUCAACCAGAUGAUGCAGGUGGACCCCAAGCGGCGUCUUACAGUUCGACAGCUGCUUGACCAUCCCUGGGUGAUGAAAGACUACAACAGCCCUGUGGAGUGGUACAGCAGGCAGCCACUUGGCCACAUAGAUGAGGACUGUAUCACUGAGAUGGCAGUCAACAUGAAGCGAUCGAGAGAGAGCACCACAGCGCUGGUGAAGGAGUGGCGGUAUGACCACACCACAGCUACCUACCUGCUGCUGCUGUCAAAGAAACAGAGGGGGAAGCCUGUCCGCCUGCGCCCCGCACCAACUGUCUGUGAGGAUUCCUGCUCUCCUCUACACCAGGGAAUACAGACGAGGGAAGCCCUUCAUUUUAGCGAGGAUGAAGACGCUGUGAUUGUGGGUUCUUUGGACUUUGGCUCAGACUACAUUGAUGAUUGUCCAUGGGUUUCAGUCACACAACACACACCCCAGGGGGUCAGAGGUCGGCCAGAUGGAAGUGCAAACACCAAAGACACAAGACAGGCAUCUCCAUCUGUAGAGAAACGAUUCGCUUACAGCCCGACUCCAGAGAGGGGACGAACGACUGCACAGCAUCGCCAGGAGAGGAGGGACAGAGAACGGACCUGUGAGAACAAGGAGAAUAUUGCUGUUCAGGAGAAAGAUGUCGACAUUUUUGCGUUGCCUCCUCCUCGAACUCCGGUGUCCAGUAAGAAGAAUGCACGGCCCAACAAGAAUGUGUUGACCACACCCAAUCAAAAUGCUAACGCAAGUAACAGCAAAACUAAUGCAGUCACGCCCACAGGUGGGGGCGGUGUCUCUAAAGAACACAACAAGAAGAGAAAAGCAGAGAACAAGGAGCCUGCAAAUAUUGAAAUACUGGCCUUCAGUCCUGAGAGACGGUCUCGGUCUUUGGACAUGGCUGUUACGGGAGACAGCGGGAAGAAGAAGAGAGGGGGAAAGAUGUUUGGUUCUCUGGAGAGAGGCCUGGAUAAAGUGAUCACCAUGCUCACUCCCAGCAAGAGACGAGCCCUGCGUGACGGCCCACGCAAGAUCAAGGCACAAUACAAUGUGACUUUGACAAGUCAGACAAACCCAGACCAGGUGCUUAACCAGAUCCUCUCUAUCCUGCCAGAGAAAAAUGUCGACUUCACACAGAAAGGGUAUACCCUGAAGUGUCAGACCUGGGGCGACUUUGGGAAGGUGACGAUGGCAUUUGAGCUGGAGGUGUGCCUGCUGCAAAGGCCAGAGGUCGUCGGUGUCCGCCGCCAGAGGCUGAAGGGAGAUGCUUGGGUUUACAAGCACCUGGUGGAGGACAUUCUCUCCACAUCCAGUAUCUAAAAAUAACGCACUUUUCCGUCAGUAUCACUUCCUGUGCAAGUCGAUGGGCACUGGCCGUUUUGUGUCAGCGACUUAACACCUCUUUCCGCAUCCAAGAGUAAAGAAUAAUUGUGGACUGAUGCAGAGAUUCUUAGCAUUAGUGCUCAGUCCUUCAUUACUCUUUAUAAAUAUUUGAAAUUGUCCUUAGGCCAGCUUGCAAUCUCUAGAGUACAUGUUACAUUCAAUUUAUGAGCAUUACAUGCCAGGAUCCUUUACACUCUGUCUUGUGUUAUGUAGAAUAUUUCUGUUUUACUUCCACUUUUCAUAAUUAUUAAGCUAAAUAGGAUCCACGUCAAUCCUCUCGAGAUGAAUGUGUGUGUAAAUGAAAUGUAUUUACAGUAUACCUUCUGGCUGCUUAUUACCAUAUUUAUGUCAUGAUGUUAUUCUCCCCUGGAGGUGCAAAACUUGAUUAAAUAACAUAAAUAAGCAGAGCAUUACUAAUUUACUGUCAUUGUUUUUUUUAUGUACACGUGUUUACAGUUCUUCCAUCAUGGAGUUUUUACAUGGUUAUAUGAAGUGUCUGCUUUUAUUUCUUAUCUGUGCUUUUCUGUUUUUUUCACAGUAUGUCUGUAAGAUUUUUACUGACAAUGUAAACGGAGCAAAAUAAAUAAUUUCUGCUGAGAGUAA